CAGCCCGGGCCUGACGGAUGAGCAGUUGGGCACGUGAACUCCCACCUCCAGUUUGGCUCAGUGCCCGGCGGCGGCGGCGGCAGCCCCGCGGUGCCCCCCGCCGUCUCCGCCCGGCUCCUGCGCGCCGCCUCUGCUCUUUGCGUAGUAAUUUCAGUUCCUGCUAACACCCAGCUCGCUCCCGGAACGCGUCUGAAGAGGACCGCCGCUGCCGAGCCCGCCCGAGCCAUCGGUGUGGCGCCGGGAGCCGCUGCUCGGGAUAUGCGACGGGAGGCCGCCGGCACAGCGCAGGCAGUGGCCCCGCCGCGCCGGGGAGAGCCGGGCCACAGCAGAUUGGUCCUUCAGAGGAAUCAUCUCUGACUGCAUCUUCACUGUGAGCUACGACUGCUUCCCAGUGGGAGCGCUGCUCAGGGGAGAGCUCUGAGAUUUUCCCAAAGAGAAGUUCCAUGGGGACUGUACCUGACCCUCUGAGAUCGGCUAAAACUUCCCUGAUUGCAGCUUCUGGAAAAGAAGAGGACCUGGGAGAGGUUCAGGCUGCUUCACCUCAGCCUCAACCAGCCGUCCUGGGUAGGAACACCAAUGGCCUUUCUGGCACUCCUGCAGAGCCAGACCUCAGUCCCAGGACAGCUGCUGAGGCCCUGAUGCAGGCCAGUGAGGAUGAGGCCGCGCAGCCAGCCAUGUCGUCUGCUGGCAUUGUCAAUGAGGUGGGGAAAGCAUCUCCCACGUUCAACUCUCCUGGCAAUACCCAGCUGCCAGGGAGCAGGGAGCCCGCAGCGCCAGCCCCGUGUUCUGCGGCAGGAAAGGAUCUGAUACACGUAGCAUUCACCAUACCAGCCAAUCAGCACACCCACCCGGCCAUCCCAGGGGACCAGCCCAACUCCAGCCUCCCAUCAGGACCUGAAGACACCCUGGUGAAAUCACAGAGAACUGCAGACGGAGAGCAAGCUGAGAAGUCAAGUUGUCCGGUGGGAGGGAUCCGUGGCAAAGAUCAGGUGCCCCCUUAUUCUCCUUCUCAAGAAACAAUCCAGGGAAUGCUGCAACCUGCAGAUACAGCACCCAAGGCGUUCAGUCCCGCCUCCGCUCCUGUAGGUGGACCUGAAGGGGCAAGGCAGCAAGCCGUCUGCGAUUCCCAGACAAGGUCCUGUGAAUCUCCAGCCAGAGAAGUUAGAUGUUCGGAGAACAGACCACCCUCUCCCACGACCUCAGACCCCCAGGCCGUGACUUCGGUGGCACCCCAAUCAUCCCACCUCCCUAGCGAAGGGUCGGUGUUUCCUCCGGAUCCAGAGAAGAUGCUGCCGCCAGCACAGCCUCAGGGGGCAAGGUUCAGAGAAGUGAGUACGAUGACCAGCCAAGCUGAAAAUGAGAUCAAGGAGGUUCCCCCCAGGGCUCAGCAAGAUGCUGAGGUGCAGGCAGUGGCCAGUGUGGAGAGCAGAUCGGUGUCUACCAGCCCCAGCAUUCUCACUGCGUUCUUAAAGGAAACCCCCGCUCCAGAGCAGUUCGAACAGGAGCAGCUGCGUGUCGUCUGCCGCGGCAGCGGCCGCGUAAGCCACACGUUGGAGCUGUCUGCAAGCACCCCAGCCCCCCGGGAGGCGGGUCAGUGCCUUGGCAUCAUGCCAGAGGUGCACAUCCAGUCAGCUGCAGCUGUUUCUGCAGCUUUCCGGGGGGAAGGUAAAUCAGUGAGCCUACCGGCUGAGGUCCUCAAAACCUCAUCAAUCCACGUGGCAUCCAGUAACGCUCAGGCUACAUGUAAAGAAGAUGGGAGGGCAGCGGGAAUGACCCAGGUGGGGCAAGAGCCCGCCUCUAGACAGCUUUUAGGUACUAAUUCUACCUCCCUGAAAGCUAGCCUCAGUGACCAGAUUUCUAUCAGUGCAGGAUGUCAAGCGGAAACAAGUCACGGAUUAGGGAAAUUUGAAACGAAGCCAUCUGAGUUUGCAGCGGAAGCCACCAAUGGCCACAAACCGGACCCAGACUGGAAACUCUCCAAUUCUUGUGGCCCUGCCAGCAGAGCUGACCAGUCCGGGAACUCGGAUCUCACGAAUCAAGGGGACACAAGAGAGAAGAAGCUUGCAUCUCCUCAGAUAGUAAGAGAACAAGAAUCUUCUGUCACCGAUAUCCUGGAUCCGAGGGCAAGGGCAGAGGCCAAAACUGUUCUGCUCAAUCCUAAAUCUCAAGAAAGUAGAGGCACCGCCUCAGCUGCCAGCCCUACACCCUCCCCAGUUAGGAGGAGCCAGGAGGGCGGCGUGGAAGAAAACAGACAGCCCAAGACAGCCACCAGCCUAAGCCUGCCGUCUGAUUCCAUGGGGGACUCCAGUCCCGGUUCCGGCAAGAGAACCCCUUCUCGCUCCGUCAAAGCCAGUCCCCGCCGGGCCAGCCGGGUCAGCGAGUUCCUCAAGGAGCAGAAGUUAAACGUGACGGCAGCGGCCGCCCAGGUGGGACUCACUCCGGGAGAGAAGAAAAAGCACCUGGGUGCUGACGCCAGGCUGCAGUUGAAACAGUCCAAGCGUGUCCGGGACGUGGUGUGGGACGAGCAGGGCAUGACCUGGGAGGUGUACGGCGCUUCCCUGGACCCAGAGUCCCUGGGCGUCGCCAUCCAGAACCAUUUACAACGACAAAUCAGGGAACACGAGAAAUUAAUCAAAUCUCAAAGCAGCCAGAGCCGGAGAUCCAUCUCCUCGGAUACUUCUUCCAAUAAAAAGCUCAAAGGCAGGCAGCCCAGUGUUUUCCAGUCCAUGUUGCAGAACUUCCGACGGCCCAACUGCUGCAUUCGUCCUGCUCCUUCUUCUGUAUUAGAUUGAAAAGGAACAUGUACGGGAGCCCUUGUAUGCUUUCACGGUCUUCAUAGAUAGCCCUCUGUCUAUGUCAAAGCUUAGUGUUUUCUGAGAGACCAGGAAGAGAAAGCAUUAACUUGAGGAAACUGCUAUUAAGGAUUGUGGCGUCCUUGGAUUGGGGGUCCAUAAAUAAUACAUCAUUUCAGUUUGAAAGAAAGAAAAGAAGCAAACUUCACCGAAGGUUUACGACCUUAAUUAAGAGGAAAUAACAUUCAGUGGGUUUUUUACUAUGAUGUUGCUUAUAGAAUAACAUGAUCAUUACCCGUGUCAUUUUGUAUUACUCAAUUUAUCACACUGUGGUAUUUCCAUUAAAAUCCCUGCUUUAUAUUAAAAAUAGCAAAAACACUCUUAGUGAAAACACGGUUAUGCUUUCUAGUCCAUUGCAAUAAGAAUGCUGAUACCACACAAAACUCAAGUAGGUGAUGAGAAAUACCACGUAAAAAAUGGAAACAGGGCUUCCCUGGUGGCGCAGUGGUUGAGAGUCCGCCUGCCGAUGCAGGGGACUCGGGUUCGUGCCCCGGUCCGGGAAGAUCCCACAUGCCGCGGAGCGGCUGGGCCCGUGAGCCAUGGCCGCUGAGCCUGCGCGUCCGGAGCCUGCGCUCCGCAACGGGAGAGGCCACAAUGGUGAGAGGCCCACGUACCGCAAAAAAAAAAAAAAAAGAAAAAAGAAACAAAUUUGACUCAUUCCUCGGCCAGAAGAUAUUAAAUAAAAGCAUUUAAAUGCAUAAAAUGCCAAAUAUGAAGUAAUAUUUGUAAACAUCUGCAGAUUACCCUUUUGAUGAACCUUGUUAUACCCGUUAAUAAACGUAAGAAAGUCAUAUUAGGAAAAAAAUUAGCACAGCAUUUGACUAUGAUUACUGCCCACAUAAAACAUGAAUUUAUAUCUACACAUUUUCCUGCACUGAAGGAAAGAGUCAUCUCUGUGAUUGUAACUAGAUUAAAUUCAUAUUUCCUUACCCUAGAGGAAGGACGUGCGACUGAAUUCUUGAAGAGAGUCCUCAAAUUAUUGAUAAUGUUAAAUCGUAUGUUGUUCAGGUGUUCUCCGAUGACAUUCUACUGAGAAAGUUACGGUUCUGGUAAGGAAUUAGAAAUAGCCAAUUACCAAACACUUUUUUCUGUGUUGAAAAAAAGAAAGCCUCCUGAGUAACAAAAACAACAGGUUUAACUGAAACUCCUGUAAACAGGAUGCGUUUUUUUGUUUUGUUUUGAUUUGGUUCGGUAGCUUCUCAUAGAAAAUGGAGUCAAAUAGAAAUGAGCUCGCUUACUGUUUUUGUAUGUAGACUGAUAUCGUCUAAUUACUUACGUCUAAUCUGUGGUAAAAAGGUAACCUCUGCAAGCCUCUUGAUUUUAAGAGAAAUACCAUCAUAUCUCGUCCUUCAAACCCAAUAAAAGAAGCCGCCUUUACAAAAACAUGCUUUGAGCUUUGGGUGGGCUUGGUCCUUGAGAACACAGGCACCUGUUUGAGCUGAGCCCUCUCCUGUCUCCAUAAGGGGAGCGUGUCCCUGGGGCCCAUGAGUGCUGUGCAGGGCACUGGGCUGGGGUGACCAACAGUGGCUUGAGUCAGGGUAGUGAGGAAGAGGGGAGUGAGCGAGGGUCCUUGAAAGGCUUCCCCUCCUGGACUUGCAGGGAGGUUGCUGGUUUCCACCUUGCUUCUAGAAAAUCACUGUUAGAGGUUGGAGGGACAUUGGCUGCCUUCUCUAAAUGCACUGCCCUUGAUGAGCAGUAUUCUCUCUCCAGAGAUUCAUAAAUUCCAUUUGUGCAGUAAAUGCACAGUUUCUGUUUCGGCUUUUUUUUUUAAUUCUCUUUUGAAGAUUCUGAAUAUAUGGUGGUGCUUGGAUCUCAUACGUAAGCUUUAACACCACAAGCUACACUGGACAUAACCUAAAUUAGUAAAUAGACAUUGAUUCCUUUCAAAGCCAUUGGACUGUCGAUGAAGCCUGUAUAAGUGGACCAGUCACAGCAUUCUCAGAGCCGGAGAAUGGCAAUUAGAGUUGUUAGACUUGAAACUUACAAUGAAUUUUUUAAUAAAGCACAUGUUUCAGUUUCUCACCGAUUGGCCUCUAGUAAAAAGGCUAUCUAAAGUAGAAAUUACCAUCAAAUUAGCAGCCAAAUUAUUAUUAAUGAAUUGAGUCUAAAACUCUCUCUUUGGGCCUUAAAUACCCAUGUGUCGUGGUGUUCAUGUCACUUCUGUAGAAGAUGCCUUUGCCAGUAUGUAACCUCCCCCUGUCUCGCUCACUGGCUGUCUCCCUCACACGUGCUGUGUACACACGGAGAACACCUUCUGUACACAGUGGCAGCUGUCAGCAGUACCCAUUCCAGAUGGGCGGGCCCCAGGUCACCCUCUGCUCUGAACUGGCUGGAACAGGCUGUUCCCUGCAUUAAAAUAGGAGGAGAAAAGGAAGAAUUCAGCAUCUGGUAAUAAUAUUUGUUUUCAUGAGUUUGGAGUAACCACAUGAUUUAUAUAAAUAGUAAAAGGAAACAGAGGCUGAAGAGACUUGUAGGCACUGGUCACACAUGAAAAAUAAAUUAAGAAAAUUCAAUAAAUUAAAACUGAAUUUGGUGUUGUAGUUAUACCCCUCAAAUGAAAGCUUAAUGGGUGAUGGAGUCACUGUAGCUGGUUUUCUUUGGGACUGAAACUAACCUUGACUUCUUCACCUUUAAUUUUUUACUUUCGAUCUUUACCACGCUCUAAAGACUGUCACAAAAUGUUAUAAAAGCUCUCUUCUCGCUUACUGAAUCUUAUAGAAGGGACAGCUUUGAAAAACAAGUCACAGAAGUAGCUCUUCCAGUGAACAGGAGCCCAUUUAAGACGGCAGCGUUUCCGCAUUAUGAUCCCCUAAGGACCCUCAGGACAAAACCUUGAUUUGAAAACGUUCUUUCACUUCCAUCUGUGACACAGCGUACACAUUCAGGACAUCAUUUGUGGUUCCUUAGUUUCAUUCAACAAAUGAAGUUUCAAAAUAAUUUUCAUGGCACAGUCUUUGAACUUGCUCUUCUUUUGCUUACCUGCAUGACACACAUUGGGUUAAAAGCUGUUUCUCUCCUUAAUUUCUUUUAGUUAUGUUUUGGUCCUUUUAAAUGCAUUUUAGUUGUUGAUAUAAAUGGAGGAGAUAUUUUAUUAAGUAAAUAAGUAUAAGAUAUUUUUUAAACCAGUAGCAAAAGAGAGAUGAGUUCGAACAUCUAAAUGUUUAAAAUGUGAAGAUGCUUACCCAGUGAAUAUUAGAAUUUUUAAUUUAAAUAUUGAUUUUUCUAUCUUUAUGACUAUACGAAAAAUGUGAUCCCUUCAACUGUCAUAUCUAUGUAUCUUCAGUACUUUUCUAAUUAUGUCUUUCUGGAUUAUUACCCGUGAUGCCACAGACCAACUACUUUCUAUACAGUAAAAUCCUAAUUAAGCUUUGUGUUUUGAAUCAGUGGUAUAAGUUACACAUUUUGUUAACCAGAAAGUUAACCAGAAACCUUUUUGUUUGCAUCCAAAAUUUAUAAAAAUAUUUAUAAAAAUUAUUACUGUGUUUUCCUACCUUGACAAGUCAGCUAUAUUGACUACAAUUUGAUUUUUGAUGAUGUUUAAUCUAUAGAAUUGUCUAAUAUUUAUUAUUUUGGAUACCAUUGUUUUCCAUGUUAUAGGUUAAAUAUCAUAAUUGAAGUAAAUUGGACCAAAUAUGCAUGUGUAACGUAUACCUAGAGGUUGAAUUUUGGAACCAAAUUCUUAAUAAGAGCUUAUCUGAAAGUAGACAGCAGAAGAGGAAAACAGCUUUGGGUUGCAUUUCAGAGUAUUAAGGUUUUAUAGUUCCUAGCUUAUUCUAAUGUUCUUCCUCUCAUCUCUAGGAGUUCCUAUCAUUCGGGGAAUACCUGUAUAUAUACCACGUGAAGACUAGAAUACGAUGUGACUUUAAAAUUUGUUUACAGAGGACAUAUAUGAGUAUGCUGUUAAUGUAAAUUGUUUGGUUCUGUUGUAUCCACUUCGUUACCGUUUUGCUGCCAAAAUGUGAGAAAUUGUCUUCUCUUCCUCCUACAUAUUGUGCAAGUGUUAAAAAAUGUGUCCAUUUCUAGUACCACAUAAUUUACCACAUCCCUUGUCUACUUUUUAAGAAUCAGUAUAAAGAAAAACAAUACAUUAGGGUAAGAUUUGCAUAAAUGUGUUUUUACUGAAAAUUGGGCCCUUGUAGCCUUGUGUAGGCCUCUACCUGUCUGACUUACUAAUCGUCUACAAUGCUGCCAUGGAGAUGGCGCUGUUUACUCUCUCCAGCUUUGUCCUAAGUGGUAUUUGAGAAAUGAAGCCUGUGAACUUCCCUUUGUGAUAGUAAUACAAUGAACUCAGCAGUAUCUCGGAUAACUGAGCUGACCGUCUUGUCUCUACCCCUGUUUUGUCUACACCGUGACUCGGAAGUCUUGCCCACGUCUGCCUUAGUGUUUGCUAUUUUAUAUUCAUAUCUGAGCAUUUUGUUUUCUGUUAGCAAUGUUCUUUGAUUCCAUGUAUGGCCCCUUUGGUUGAAUCUCUCCACAGGUGGGUCAGCUGCUGCCACCUGCAAAUAACAGGUGAUAUGCCGAAUCUCCUGUCCAUCUCUGUAACUAUAUCCUUCUUAAUGAAAUUCUGCAACCGGCUGAGUAAUUAUAAAUGUCAUCUGUGCAGACACAUGGGCUUAACGAUGUCUACAAAAUUUUAGACAUUUUUGCAAAAGGGAAAAAAAUAGUCUAGGAAAGACUGAAACAGAUUUCCUUAAACUUUGUCCUAUGCUUGGAAACAGCAAAUUCUCCUUGGCUACAGAAAUAAACUUGAUUUGCAAUAGCCAAGGACAUAAAUGAAGUUGGAUGGAGGUGGAAAAAUUCUGUCUCGCAAUCAGUGACAUCUGCCCGAGGUCAUUACAGCUGCUCUUAACUGUGAACAUUCACCAGCUAAACUACUCACUAGCCACAACCAGUUAACCUCUCUCAAAGCAAAUCCAAUACAUCUGUAUAUAUGUGUAGAUUAAAAACAACAACAACAAACCCUGAAAAAUUACUGUUAGCUAUUAGGUAAAUCAAGGUGAUAAUUACAAAGGACAUUGAAAUAACAGCAGGCCUUGGUGAAAUGACUGUGGAGGCCAGAAUGGUGCAACAAGAUGUUAUUCCCAAGUUUGGUGUGUUUUUUUUUGAGACCCAGAUAUCUCAGUUACUCAUCAUGAGAAUAAAGACUGUUGAUAAUGAAAUUAAAGCCAAGCAAUAAUGUGCCCAAAAGAGGCAGUUAUACCAGCAAGUGCAUCUAUCAUGGGCGCACCAUUAUAUAAUUAUGGUUUGCUCCAUUAAGACUGACCGUAACCCACAGGGUAACAUAAGAAAAGGCAUAAUGUCUGCUUUCUUGCCGGAAAAACUCGUUUAGGAGCUCCAUAAAGAGGUACAGCACUCGUGAGCGUUAGAUUUUAUGGUUAACAGCUCUGUCUUAACACGAGCCAAGACCGAAGGAAUCACCAAGAAUCUUGCUAGCUUAAAACUCAAGACAGCUCCAACCUGAAACUUGGUUGAAAUGGAGGGUUAAGUGUCUGGUAAUUACUCUUCCUGGACACUAGCCUGUAGGAAAGGAAUUCAGUUAACUCUGCCUAGAGGAUUACCAGCCUUAGCUAUGGGAAAAAAAAAAAAAAAAAGUGUUCUCAAAUGCAAAAUAACUAAAAUGAGAGUACUCAUAUCAGAAGGGGCCUGAAAUAAUGCCUUACAGAAAAUGAAGUUCCAGAUGGGCGUUUCUAGAUACUAAUUCUUCAUCAAGUAUCCUUUUGGGUUCAAGCUCAAAAUCGAUUGGCUGGAAUAAAGAUCACAUAUUUUACACUUCAGGAAAAGAUACUGAUGAUCAACCGGCCUGGUGAUAAUUACGACGAGAGAUACCCUGGUGACUUAAGCAUGUUGAGGAGAAUUAAAUGUGGGAGAGAUGCUAACUUCUCUCUCAGUCUCUUAAGAUGUGGGUAGGUCAUCGUCUUACUUCAGGGUGAAAAUGAUAGCUUGAUUUUUAACAUUGCUGCUAGCGUGACCCUUUGUUCCUCUGAAAAUCAAAUUAUUCUUCAGCAAAACUUCUGAGCAGUUAAACUUUUUUUUUUUCUGGUUCAUAUUGCUUUUGUGUUAUGUAACAGAGCAAACUAUGAAAU